AUGGCAACGAUGUCGAUGCAGCCGGGUGGGGGCUGGCUGGGCUCCAUCCUCACCUGCGCGCUGCCCAUGUGGAAGGUGACGGCCUUCAUCGGCUCCAACAUCGUGGUGGCCCAGGUCUUCUGGGAAGGGCUGUGGAUGAACUGCGUGUACGAGAGCACGGGCCAGAUGCAGUGCAAGGGCUACGACUCGUUGCUGGAGCUCACCUCUGACCUGCAAGCCGCUCGGGCCUUGGUGGUCACCUCCAUCUUCACGGCCCUCUUCGCCUUCCUCGCUGCCAUCUCGGGCGCAGACUGCACCCGCUGCGUGGAUGACACCACCACCAAGAACAGGUUCUCCGUCGUGUCAGGUGUCAUCUUUAUCCUGGCCAGCAUCAUGCUGCUCAUCCCCGUCUCGUGGUCUGCUAACAGCAUCGUCACCAACUUCUACAACCCCAUGGUGCCCCAGGCCCUCAAGAGAGAGCUGGGGUCUGCCCUCUACAUCGGCUGGGCCUCCAGCGCCCUCCAGCUCUUUGGCGGGGGUGUUCUGUGCUGCUCAGGGUCCUCGACCCAGGAGGAACCCUACCCCAAGAAGUACAGAGCGGUGAAAACCAGCAACCCGAUGGGCUAUGCCAUGAAGGACUACGUGUGA